AUGAUGCGGCGGUGUAUUAGAUUUACAUCUCUUGUUGUGUUUUUGAUGGUUUGUUCCGCCCUGGUCAGUGUUAUAAAUGUAGGGCAAUUGAACGUCUCUCUCAAUACGAGACUUCGUGUUGCAAAACUCUCAUCCGGCGCGGCUUCCGGUCUGAACAGUGAGAAACCAACGUAUGAUUCCAGAAUCGGAAAUGACAACACAGGACGUAUUUCCAAUGACAAAACGCCAAACGUUAUCAGGGAAUUAACGUUUGAAUUAAGAGGAAACGGUUCUUUAGACUUUUGUCAGGCUGUUCCAGAUUCUCUUGAAGGAAGACUUAACAUUGACCUUGAGGCAAAACUACAAUCUGCACCGCCCCCGGUACUCGAUGAUGUGUCGCCAAGUGGCUUAUGGAGUCCGGAGAGCUGCGUUGCUAGGCAACGGAUAGCAGUCAUCAUACCUUUUCGUGACAGGCAGAAACAUUUGGACAUUUUAGUAUACAAUCUUGUUCCGUUAUUGAAACGACAAAAAGUGGCCUUCCGAAUAUUUGUGGUAGAGCAGUUUGGCAACAAAACCUUCAACAAAGGUCGGCUUAUGAACAUCGGGUUUACGGAAGCGAGGAAGCACAAUGAGUUUGACUGCUUUAUCUUCCACGACGUCGACCUCAUACCGGAAGACGACAGGAAUAUGUACACGUGCUCUGAGAAUCCUCGUCAUAUGUCCCCGGCCGUGGAUGUCUUUCGCUAUAAAUUGCCGUACAAGGCGCUGGUGGGUGGAGUACUUAGCAUCAAGGCAGAACAUUUUUUCAAGAUCAACGGAUAUUCGAACCUUUACUGGGGCUGGGGCGCUGAGGAUGACGAUAUGUUCUACAGACUUUCAGCCUCGAAGAUAAGUGUUUUACGGCCCCCAUUCACUAUUGGACGGUAUAAAAUGAUAAAACACGACAGAAAAGAUGUUUCCCCAAUCAGAAUGCAGUUUUUAAAAACAGCGAAAACACGUUACUUAAAAGACGGCCUCAAUACUUUGGAGUACAAAUUGGUUAAAACCCGGUUUGAGAAGUUGUGCACACGUAUAAUAGCGAAUGUGGGUGAUCCUCCGAAGAAUUAGACUGAAUAUCCAAAAGCAGAUGUUGGUGAUCCGCCGUAGAAUCAGACUAAACAUGCAAUAGCGGACUUGGGUAAUCCGCCGAAAAAUCGAACUGAUUAUCCAAACGCGGUUUUGGGUGUUCCGACGAAGGAUCAGACUGAAUAUCCAAACGAGGUUUUGGGUGUUCCGCCGAAGAAUCAGACAGAAUAUUCAAACGCGUGUUUGGGUGUCCCGCCGAAGAAUCAGACUGAAUAUCCAAACGGGGUUUUGGGUGAUCCGCCGAGGAAUCAGACAGAAUAUCCAUAAGCGGAUGUUGGUGAUCCGCCGAAGAAUCAGACUGAACAUCCAAUAGCGGUUUUGGGUGAUCCGCCGAAUAAUCGAACUGAAUAUCUAAAAUCGGUUGUUGGUGAUCCGCCGAAGAAUCAGGCUAAAUAUCCAAAAGCGGAUGAGAGUUAUCAGCAGAAGAGCGGACUAAAUAUCCGUUUUGAUAACAUAAAAGUGUUUAAAAUAGCAUUUCAUAUACUUUGGAAAGUGUUCAAACGGAACAUUUGUUUAAUGAUUUAUAUAUAUAGAGAGAGAUAAAUGUAAUGUUUAUUUACAAUUAAUUCUUUACUUGAACCGGCAUACUUUACGACUUACUUUAUAAAUGUUAAAGUAAAUAUAUACCCCCAUGUGUCUAGACUAUAUUCCCACAAUCCUUUCCGUCCGGAAUAAGACUUAACAUUUCACUUGGUUUGUUUGGAAAGUUAAGCAGCCUGUGAAUGAAUAAAUUUGUACUACCUGAAGAAACCCGUUCAAAAGAAUUGUUGAAAGAAGAGACACUUUAUUUUGUCUGUAUCAAUUUCUGAAGAACACUUCUCUUCACAGCUAAAAGCAAUGGCAGAACUAGUGGGUAUUCACAAUUGUGGUGGGUUUACACUAACAAAUGCAUGUAAUUAAGAGUGUACUAAUUGUGGAUGUAAACAGUUUUUGUUUGAUUUGUUUUCUUUUUAUUGUUUGGAAUAUUCGUGUCGUUUCAGUUUUUACCAUAUAUUCGACUCCAUAAAAACUAAGAAAAUGUCCUAGGCGUUGAGUUGGAACAUAAUAUUAUCUCUCUUUGCUAUCUGCACUCAGGCAGUUCAGUAAAUAACAAAGUCGCCUUUGUUCGAAUUCUACAUUGUGUUGAACGAUCACUAAUAUACAGAGAAAGUUUCCGGACAAACAGAAAUCUAACCACUAAAGCUAUGGCGAACUACUAAGACACUGUUAUAAGUUGAAAGAUCACUUUAAAAAGGCAUGGAAGCCAUAUCAUCCAUACUCUCCACAGCUAGAGACAGUCAUUUUAUGGGUUACCUUGCUUAAAUGUUAUGAUAUUGUUGAUGAACAAAGCAAUACAAUAUUUUCUAGUUGAGAUUUGGCAUUGAGGCGAUCAAACAUGAUUGCAUUUAAUGUUGUCAUAAUUUCCAGUUUUACAAAGACUGAGAACGGUAGUCUUUAGUUUACAUAAUCAUAGCCAUGUUAUGUCUUUGGCGUUUACCCAGUGUCAUUAAACCGGCUUUAUGUUUAAACUUUUUGCUACUGAGCUUGUUUCUGUAGCUUUUCGCAUUAAUAAUGAGAAUUGUUUGAUUUAUUGCCGAACCCACUGUCACGAGUGGAAAAUGAACUAAUAACUGUAACGUUUUAUUGUUUGAUUGUUCUGAAUGUUACACA